CAGGUGGGUUUGCACCUAACCUCGUAUACAUGAUAACGCUGAUAAUCAAACAUGAAUCGCGUAGAUUUAAAAAUUGUAUUGUUGGGUAACGCGACAGUGGGAAAAACAAGUCUUAUGGAACGAUACAUACAUGACUCAUUUAACGGCAGCAGACCUUAUCAAAACUCUAUGGCAUUAUGGAAAGAAAAUUGUAAAGUAAUAUUAAAAUUUACACUGAGAAUCGUCUAAAUGGAAGGGAGAGCAUCAUAUACAAAUUAAUGCAGUUGAAAUUAUGCCGCAGACAAUAGGCACUGUGUUUGCAGCGAAGCAAGUACAAGUGAAUGGAGUGUCUCUUGUUAUGGGAAUAUGGGAUACUGCGGGCAGUGAAAAAUACAAUGCAAUGACUAGAACAUAUUAUCGUGGUGCAAAGGCUGCUAUAGUGUGUUAUGACAUUACUAAGUUGAGUACAUUCCAAAGAGCGAAGCAUUGGGUGAGAGAACUCAGAGACGUUGAGGAACAUUGUAAAGUAUAUCUUUGUGCUACUAAAAAAGAUUUGUGCGAUGAAGGUUUUGUAUCGGAUGAUCCAGAUCUGCAGAAUACUGUAGAAAGAUAUGCAAAGGGCACGCAGACCAAACUUUUUAUAACAUCCAGUAAGACGGGAGAGAAUGUAGACGAAUUGUUCGACGAAAUUGUACAGGAUUUCGUGUCCAAUCCAGAAAAUUUGCAACAAGUGGAAGAAGCAAUUGUUUUAAGCAGAAAACCUGAGAAAAGGUAUUGUUGUACACUGAUCUAAUAAGAUCAGUAUUGAUAUUCUAUUCUUGUACGAUUUUUUUUAUCAAACAAUUUAGCUGAUACAUAUAUUCUAUAUACUAUAAUAAUAAAAGAUUUUUUAUAAUGUAAAUGUUAAAGACCAAUGUGAUAUUGUUUCGUUCAGUAAUUUUCAAUAGCUUAGAAUUUUGUAUCGCAAUGUUGCUAAUUGUUAGCAUAGUAUAAUGCAAAUUUACAAAAUUGGAUUAAAUCUAUCAACAAACAGUAAAUUUUUAAAAAGAUAUAUAAAAUAUGCGUAUAUGAGAGGUGUUGUAUAAUUAAAGUGCUACACAAUAUAUAAUUGAGAAAUAUUC